AUGCAGAAGUCAAGCUCUGUCCCUUCUUUCUCAGAGGAGGUUGUGAGACUUGAAGUUCAGAAAAGCUUACUCUGCCUGCAAGGAGUGCUGCCUACAGAGCUCAGGAGGACCCUCCCUCACUGUCUGCAGCACACAAAAGACUUUACCCUCAACCACUGUCUUUCUAAGCUUUCUUCCCUGACCACAGCCAUCCCCAGCUACUUUAUCUUCCAGACUUUCCUUUCAGAAGAGAUCAUCGGGGGCCAUGAGGCCGAGCCCCACUCCCACCCCUACAUGGCCUUUGUUCAAUUUCUGGAUAAAAAGAGUAAGAAGAGAUGUGGUGGCAUCCUAGUGAGGAAGGACUUUGUGAUGACAGCUGCUCACUUCUGGGGAAGCUCCAUAAAUGUCACCUUGGGGGCCCAUAAUAUCAAGGAACAGGAGAGGGCCCAGCAGUUCAUCCCUGUGAGAAGAGCUAUCCCCCACCCAGCCUAUAAUCCUGAGAACUUCUCCAGCGACAUCAUGCUACUGCAGCUGGAGAGAAAAGCCAAGCAGACCCCAGCUGUGCAGCCCCUCAGGCUACCCAGCAGCAAGGCCCAGGUGAAACCAGGGCAGGUGUGCAGUGUGGCUGGCUGGGGCCAUGUCUCAGUGGGCACAUUAGCAACCACGCAGGAAGCAUUGCUGACAGUGCAGAAGGACCAGGAAUGUGAAUCUGUCUUCCAUGACGAUUACAGCAGAGCCACCAAGAUUUGUGUGGGGGAUCCGAAUAUGACAAAGACUGGUUUCAAGGGAGACUCCGGGGGGCCCCUCAUGUGUAAGAACAUGGUCCAAGGCGUUUUCUCUUAUGGGAAAAACAAUGGGACACCUCCAGGAGUCUACAUCAAGGUCUCACACUUCCUGCCCUGGAUAAAGAAAACAAUGAAGUGCAUCUAACAGCAGGCAUGAAACUAACCUUCCUCUGGGCCUAACCAUCUUCUCUGGUACUGAGGCAAGAAUCCCAUGGGGGUGGGCAUUCUGGGUUGGAGGGCUGUAAUAAAUGGAUCUCUAGCGUAAAUAUGA